CCUCGCAACAUUCAAGAAAAUGUGCAAAUCAAUGAUUGUCGAAGGCGUAUCUGAAGAGGCAAUCUUUUUAUGGGCGUUCCCAUACUCCCUGGGCGAUAAAGCGGAACAAUGGUUAUUCAACUUAAAACCUGAUUCCAUCCAUACAUGGGAACAAAUGGAGCACAAGUUCUUGGAGGAGUACUUUCCGCCUCACAAGACGGCAAAUUUCAAGGUGAAAAUAAAUAAUUUUGUUCAAGAGAACGGCGAAAGUCUUUACGACGCUUGGCAAAGGUUCAAAGGUUACCAACGAGCGUGCCCACAUCAUGGCAUGGAUCGAAGGCACCUAAUCUCAACCUUGGUUGAAGGGUUAAGGAAAGACAUAAGACGUUGGAUAAAUGCCGCUGCUGGAGGUUCUAUCCGCAACCUCACUUUUGAGCAUCUCGAGGAAUUAAUUGAAGAAAUGGCGAGAGAUCGGGGCGAUGACAUGGAUGAGUACGACCGAAGGGGAAACAUAAAGUCUAAGGGUGAGUCAAGUGAAGUCCAAUCCCUACGAGCACAAGUCGCCAAACUCACAGUUCUAUUGGAGAAUUCAAAUGCGGUGACAUCAAUUCCACAAGACUCAAGCUACAAUUACACCAUGCAGACCCAAGAACAAGAGGUCGAGAAUGUCAACUAUGUGGCGAACAACCCCUACUCAAAUACAUACAAUCCAGGUUGGCGUAAUCACCCAAACUUUUCUUACAAAAACACCGGAAACACAGAAAAUCUGGCCAAUCAACCCCAAGCCCCAAGAAUACUCCAAAGACCCCAACAUUUUCAACCAUACGAGCAACGCUAUCAACCACAAGUAGCGCAACCCGUACUUGCACCGCAGCCGCAACCCAAAGAUGAGCUUAAGGAAUUGCUCCUAAGCAUGCAGAAACAACUGUCUGCUGAUAUUAGACAAACAAACAACGAGAUUCGAGGGAUGAAGAAUGAUCAAGACGAUAUCCGCAAACAAGUCGAGGGAAUCAACACACAUCUGAAGCUCCUAGACAAUCAAGUUGCCCAAAUGGCGUCAUCUUCAUCAAGGCCCAUGGGAACACUUCCUGGAAGACCUGAGCCUAACCCUCGGGAGCAUUGUAAUGUUGUUGAGCUAAGAAGCGGGAGAAAACUUGAAGAUAUUAAAUCCAAGGAGAAACAAAUCAAUAAAGACGGAGGUAAAGACGAUGUUGUCGAUUCCGACCCUGACAUCAAGGUGGCAAAAGAAGACAUACAAGAGAAGUCAUACAUUCUACCAUCACCAUACAAGCCACACGUGCCUUUCCCUCAAAGGUUGAGAAAACGUGACGAUGACAGUCAAUUCGCAAAGUUUGCUGAUAUGCUGAAGAAAAUGGAGGUAAACUUGCCUUUCACUGAAGUUAUCCUCAAGAUGCCAUCCUAUGCAAAAUUCUUAAAAGAUAUAUUAUCGAAGAAAAGGACGAUUCAAGAAGAGACCAUCGCGCUAAACUCUGAAUGUAGCGCAAUUCUGAAGCAUGAGCUACCCCAAAAGAUGAAAGAUCCUGGAAGCUUCUCGAUCCCUUGCACCCUAGGUAAUGUCUCAAUUAAAAAGGCAUUAUGUGAUCUUGGAGCUAGCGUGAGCCUUAUGCCUCUGUCAAUAUGCAAAAUGCUCAACAUUGGAGAACUCAAACCGACGAGGAUGACUCUACAACUGGCAGAUCGCUCAAUCAAAUAUCCCAUUGGGAUUCUUGAAGAUGUCCCACUUAAGGUCGGGAAUUUUUAUGUCCCUGUCGAUUUUGUGGUCAUGGAAAUGGAUGAAGACUCAAAUAUUCCAAUCAUACUCGGACGCCCAUUCUUGGCCACUGCUGGAGCAGUUAUCAACGUAAAAGAGGGUCAUUUGACAUUGUCAAUAGGAGAAGAAAAAGUAGAGUUCAAGCUCGCUCAAUCGCUCAAACAACCCUCCGUGGAUGAUACGUGUUGUUACAUCGACGUCCUUGAACAAUUGGCAGACGAGAUAUUGGAAGAAUUACGCGAGGUUGAUCCCCUAGAAGUGGCCCUCAUGGCAAGCAAAGUAGAGACAUGCGUAGAUCAAGAAGAGGUGAACGAUAUCACUCGAAGAAGACAAACAAAAAUGGUGGGCGUCAAUAAUCAACCACCACGACUUCCACCACCCCCUCAAGCACCAGAACCAGCCUUACGACGGGAGCCACGAGCCGAGACGUACGGUGACUACAACUCACCCAAACCCACAGAAUUCCUGUCAUGCAUCCGAAGGCCACCGAUCAAUCGAACAAACUUUGAGCUCAAACCAGCAUUUAUUCAAAUGCUCGCAAGCAAAACUUUCGGAGGAUGGCCUCAUGAAGAUCCCAAUGUUCACCUCGCAACAUUCAAGAAAAUGUGCAAAUCAAUGAUUGUCGAAGGCGUAUCUGAAGAGGCAAUCUUUUUAUGGGCGUUCCCAUACUCCCUGGGCGAUAAAGCGGAACAAUGGUUAUUCAACUUAAAACCUGAUUCCAUCCAUACAUGGGAACAAAUGGAGCACAAGUUCUUGGAGGAGUACUUUCCGCCUCACAAGACGGCAAAUUUCAAGGUGAAAAUAAAUAAUUUUGUUCAAGAGAACGGCGAAAGUCUUUACGACGCUUGGCAAAGGUUCAAAGGUUACCAACGAGCGUGCCCACAUCAUGGCAUGGAUCGAAGGCACCUAAUCUCAACCUUCGUUGAAGGGUUAAGGAAAGACAUAAGACGUUGGAUAAAUGCCGCUGCUGGAGGUUCUAUCCGCAACCUCACUUUUGAGCAUCUCGAGGAAUUAAUUGAAGAAAUGGCGAGAGAUCGGGGCGAUGACAUGGAUGAGUACGACCGAAGGGGAAACAUAAAGUCUAAGGGUGAGUCAAGUGAAGUCCAAUCCCUACGAGCACAAGUCGCCAAACUCACAGUUCUAUUGGAGAAUUCAAAUGCGGUGACAUCAAUUCCACAAGACUCAAGCUACAAUUACACCAUGCAGACCCAAGAACAAGAGGUCGAGAAUGUCAACUAUGUGGCGAACAACCCCUACUCAAAUACAUACAAUCCAGGUUGGCGUAAUCACCCAAACUUUUCUUACAAAAACACCGGAAACACAGAAAAUCUGGCCAAUCAACCCCAAGCCCCAAGAAUACUCCAAAGACCCCAACAUUUUCAACCAUACGAGCAACGCUAUCAACCACAAGUAGCGCAACCCGUACUUGCACCGCAGCCGCAACCCAAAGAUGAGCUUAAGGAAUUGCUCCUAAGCAUGCAGAAACAACUGUCUGCUGAUAUUAGACAAACAAACAACGAGAUUCGAGGGAUGAAGAAUGAUCAAGACGAUAUCCGCAAACAAGUCGAGGGAAUCAACACACAUCUGAAGCUCCUAGACAAUCAAGUUGCCCAAAUGGCGUCAUCUUCAUCAAGGCCCAUGGGAACACUUCCUGGAAGACCUGAGCCUAACCCUCGGGAGCAUUGUAAUGUUGUUGAGCUAAGAAGCGGGAGAAAACUUGAAGAUAUUAAAUCCAAGGAGAAACAAAUCAAUAAAGACGGAGGUAAAGACGAUGUUGUCGAUUCCGACCCUGACAUCAAGGUGGCAAAAGAAGACAUACAAGAGAAGUCAUACAUUCUACCAUCACCAUACAAGCCACACGUGCCUUUCCCUCAAAGGUUGAGAAAACGUGACGAUGACAGUCAAUUCGCAAAGUUUGCUGAUAUGCUGAAGAAAAUGGAGGUAAACUUGCCUUUCACUGAAGUUAUCCUCAAGAUGCCAUCCUAUGCAAAAUUCUUAAAAGAUAUAUUAUCGAAGAAAAGGACGAUUCAAGAAGAGACCAUCGCGCUAAACUCUGAAUGUAGCGCAAUUCUGAAGCAUGAGCUACCCCAAAAGAUGAAAGAUCCUGGAAGCUUCUCGAUCCCUUGCACCCUAGGUAAUGUCUCAAUUAAAAAGGCAUUAUGUGAUCUUGGAGCUAGCGUGAGCCUUAUGCCUCUGUCAAUAUGCAAAAUGCUCAACAUUGGAGAACUCAAACCGACGAGGAUGACUCUACAACUGGCAGAUCGCUCAAUCAAAUAUCCCAUUGGGAUUCUUGAAGAUGUCCCACUUAAGGUCGGGAAUUUUUAUGUCCCUGUCGAUUUUGUGGUCAUGGAAAUGGAUGAAGACUCAAAUAUUCCAAUCAUACUCGGACGCCCAUUCUUGGCCACUGCUGGAGCAGUUAUCAACGUAAAAGAGGGUCAUUUGACAUUGUCAAUAGGAGAAGAAAAAGUAGAGUUCAAGCUCGCUCAAUCGCUCAAACAACCCUCCGUGGAUGAUACGUGUUGUUACAUCGACGUCCUUGAACAAUUGGCAGACGAGAUAUUGGAAGAAUUACGCGAGGUUGAUCCCCUAGAAGUGGCCCUCAUGGCAAGCAAAGUAGAGACAUGCGUAGAUCAAGAAGAGGUGAACGUAUACUCCGAAAUCCUUGACGAAGAAGCUACAAUAUGCUCUAUGGAGACGCCUUGCCCCAUACACAAUGAAGUCGACGACAUCGAAUCACCACAACACGAUGAGAUUGUACCUAACAAGAAUUCCAAAUUGCGGUACCAUGACGAAUCAACCUCACCAGAGCUCCAUGAUGUUUGCCUUGUUGAAGAAGCAACCACAAAAACCAAAAACGACAUCGCCGAUGAAUGGGAUCCUAAGGUUGCACCAAAGGUGGAGUUGAAGCCGUUGCCACCAGGACUGAGGUAUGAAUUUCUUGGACCUAAUUCUUCAUACCCUGUCAUCAUUAAUGCCUCAUUGAAUGAACUGCACACCUCUAAGUUGUUAGAUACACUUAGAAAUCACAGAAAGGCGAUAGGGUAUUCAUUAGAUGAUAUGAAAGGCAUACACCCAUCCAUUUGCAUGCAUAGAAUUUUGAUGGAGGAUGGAUAUAAACCCUCAAUUGAGCACCAAAGACGUUUAAACCCGAAUAUGAAAGAAGUGGUUAAGAAAGAAAUCUUGAAACUACUCGAUGCUGGAAUAAUCUACCCU